AUGUUCUUUCAGUGCGACGGGGCCCUCGGGGGCGCAAGCGGUUCCCAGCGCAAAGGGCAACUGGUCGUCAAUGGCCAACACUAUCCAGUGCAAGUGCAAGACCUCCCAACAGUUGUGGAGUCCUACAAGACUCUGGAUGAUGUGCACUGUGUGAAGAUCACAGACAUCGGACAGAUCUUGCUUGUCGGCAACAUACCUGCAUCCAGAAGUAACAGGAUUGAGUCCCUUGAUGGCGUCACUCCACCUUUUCGAAAUGCCCGUGAGGAAGUCCUGAAGCCACCCCUUAACAUCAGCACUGGUGAGCUUGCUCAAGUCGAAGAAGCACUCCUGGCCAUCCUCGAUGGUUGUGCACCCCCCGGCUGCAAGUUCAUCGAUGUUGUGGAGGAGUGUGUUGAAGUUGAUGGCCAGCUGAAGUGGGUGGAAUCUGGUGCCCACUCAUCGAAGAGCCAGGCUCUGGAUGGGGACCCAGGGACAUCCUUAGUGUGA